UUUGUGGCCUGAUUUACGGUUGGUUUAUUAUAAUGUACCAAUCGCGAGAUAUCAUAAAAAGAGUGCUGAGCCAACAAAAGCAUGAUGAACGCUGUGUAAAAAUUACAAUUCUGCUUUUGUAUACCUACCUAUACCUGCAGUUAGACGUGUCAUAUUAAAGUUUUAAUUCGAGUUUAUAUGUAGUACUUUGGAAUAAUUUUCGGCCAAAAUUGGGUGAAAUUUUGCGUGAUUUUUCAAAUUUAAAGUAAACCCGAUUCACAAAUGGAUAACGUGAAAUGGAUUUGCGCGGUUGGUAUUGUUUUAAUCAUCGCAACUGCGGUAUUUGGAGUCUGUAUUGACGAUGAACCGGAUAUUUUUCAAUGCAGAAGACUGAAACCGGGCGUUACAGAAUCCGAUAAUGAAUGUUGUAAUAUUAUCAAAACCCACGAUUACAAAUACGAACAUUUUUUUCCGAUUAGUAAACGAGAUAAUGGCAACAUUGAGCUAACAUUCAGAGUGAAAGGCGAUCGUGACGCUAAUCUGCUGUUUUCAUCAAACGUGUUCCCUCAAGAUGGAGACCCUGCUCAUGAAAUAAUAUUCAGUGCUGCAACAUCAUGGCUCCGAAUCGCGAAAAAUAAUGAGACAGGAAGAGUUGACGCAUCUUCGGAAGAAGCUAGGGUGUCUCCCAACGAAUGGCGCGAAUUCUGGGUUAAAAUUAAUGGUAAAACAGUACAAGUAGGUAGAAAGGAAAAAGAAGCAAGCUUGGUAUCGAGUAAUUCAAUCGAUGUACCGAUUAAGUAUUACAGCGUUGCUGGCCAUAGCAAUGCUAAUGUCUUAUGGAGCCUUCCUUGUAUCGAGGAAAAAGAUUUCUCGUGAUAAGAUUUUUGUUGAUGGGCGUCCUAUUCAUGUUUUUAAUCACAUACUGCCUGAGUAAUGACCGAAUAAAAAUUAAAAAAAAAAAAAAAUACUUACUG